ACCGAGGCACGAAGAGGAGCCUCCCCUGCGGGCGGGCUGAGGCCGGUUUGGGCCCUCGGCGGCUGCGGACCGGCCGCCCCAUGCGGGCUCCGUCCCCCGCGGCUGCUGCCGCCCGCGCCGGGAUGGAGGCGCAGGGCAGCCGCCGGCAGCAGCUCCCUGUCCUGCUGCUCUGGGUUAAUGGUCUAAUGACACUUGGAUUCGCAGGUGCAUGUCAACAGACUGAGCUCUGCAAUGAAUCUCUCAUGUUAGAAAAGUUGCCUGCCUGUGGAAAGUCCUUUGAAGAGAUGAUGAAGAAAGUGGACUCAAAAAAGUGGUGCAACCUUACAGAAUUUAUCAUGUAUUAUGAAAACUUUACCCAGUGCACAGAACGUGAAGCCAACAAUGCAAGUUGCUUUUGGCCAAACCCCCUUGCAGAAGGCUUUAUCACUGGAAUUCAUAAACAAUUCUUUUCAAACUGUACUUCAGAAAAGGUUCACUGGGAAGAUCCACCGGAUGAAAUUCUCAUAACACUGAUCUUGAUCCCAGUCAUGUUGACAUGUGCUAUGAUAACACUGGUAGUAUGGUGCAGCAAGAGAAGUGAUCUCUUGGUGUAAGUUCUUCCUCUGGGCUUUCUUUUUCUUCAUUUCUUUCUUCCCUAAACACUGAGAAAGAAGGAUAAAGAGAGGAACAUGGCAUAAAGAUUUCAGAUCUGCUGAAAUGGAACCAGUGAGAUACUGAGAUGCUCCCAUAAAUGAAGAGCUGCCUGCUGCUGCUGCUGCUGCGUCACUGCUUCUGUCUUGACCAUGAGUAUUGCUGGUGGACAACUCUACUUCCAUCAAGCCUCAUCAGCAUGGAAUUCACAGGCAGCUUCCAGAAACAGGAGAGUUCCCAGGCAAAUGGACCCCUUGUCUGCAAAAGGAAUAAAGUUACUUUCCUGUGGGCAAAGAUGGCUGUUAAAGUUUUGCAAAGCUGUAUGUCUGUAAUACUGACUUGGGGGGAAGUGAUAUCUCUUGAGGUUUUGCGCAGGAUGCUCAAGGUUUUAAUCUGUGAACCCUGUGUCUUGGAGAGAUCCCUGGCACAGGAACUGAUUAGGGAUAUAACCAGGUGGCAGCUUUUUUUAGAAGCUAGUCAAAAUUAUCAUUAUCAAAACUGGGAAGUAUUGUUCUGGCAAAGAAACAACUUCUGUGUCUACAACUAUCUGCACAGAGAAAUUAUCCUGCCACAUUAUAAAAUAGUUUAUAAAAUUCCUUUAAGCAUGGCUGCUUGGAAUUGUAUGUUUUACAAACAAACUUUGGGAGGAUAUACAAAUCCUACUUUACAGAGCUGGAAAAUGUGAGAGGAAAUUGUUUGGUUAUAAAUAUACUAAGGAAUAAUGAAGAAACUUUCAUAUGCCAGACUUUUUAUUUUUCCUCUUUUAUAAAUAUUAUUCUUGAUGACUUGUGUUCACUGUAUACUCCCCACUCUCACUCCAAUUUGUGCAAGUGAUAUACUACAAAUAAAUAUAAAGGUGUCAUGUUGAAGUGCCUUUCAGAGUAUUGUACAUAAAUAAUUCUUUGUCCUGUGAAGAGUGUGGGAACAAAAGUAUGAACAUCAAAACUUGGAAUAGAAGUAGGAGGAAAGAGAAAAAUUUAACUCAGAAAUCUUAUUCUACAAAAUUAUGUAAUAGUUGAAAUAAAGAUCAUAUGCUCACAACAAAAGAACUCUGUGUUGCAAACCUUCUUUUCACAACAUGCAUUCCAUCCAAUGCUUUUCUAUGACAAGUGUGCAAUGUAUGUUACAAGUGACUUUUCAUUUUUCCAUACCUUAUGCACACAAAUAAAAUAGAGCUAAAUGGCU